AUGGAGCGCGUCAAGCAACUUGUAUCUCAUCUCUCUGGCGCAAAGGGCGUCUCCGCUCUCCAGCGCAAGAGCCCCGAUGAUGUCGUUAUUACCAUGGCUAUACGGUCUCCCUUGUGCAAGGCCAGGAAAGGAGGAUUCAAGGAUACGAGGAGCGAUGAGCUUCUGACGGAGAUGUUCAAGCAAGCCAUCUCCCGGUCCACAAUCGACCCUGCACUCAUUGGCGACAUCACCGUGGGUACUGUCCUUCCCCCAGCGCCGACGUACGAAGCGCGUGCAGCGGCUCUCGCAGCUGGCAUUCCAGACUCCGUACCCGUGCAGACGGUCAACAGGUUCUGCUCCUCGGGUCUCAUGGCGGUGACCGACAUUGCGAAUAAAAUCCGAGUAGGCCAGAUCGAUAUCGGUCUCGCUGUCGGAGUGGAGAGCAUGUCGUACAAUCCUGACAAAGGUGGACCUGAGUUCAGUGAGGUGAUCCAAGCUCACACGGCCGCAAAUGACUGCGCGAAGCCCAUGGGGUGGACUUCGGAGAACGUAGCCGCCGACUUCGAUAUCUCCCGCGAUGAGAUGGACGACUUUGCCGCUCUCUCCUUCCAGCGCGCCGAGGAAGCAGACAAAGCGGGAAAGUUUGCCCACGAGAUCGUACCCUUCACGGCGUUCGUCAACGAUCCGGAGACCGGAAGGCGCACGACGAAAGUGGUCACGAGAGACGACGGCAUCAGGUAUGCAACGACGAAGGAGAGUCUGCUGAAAGUGCGGCCAGCGUUCCCCCAGUGGGGUCGUGGCCAUACAACGGGUGGAAAUGCCAGUCAGAUCACGGAUGGUGCAGCAGCAGUUCUUUUGAUGACCAGGAAAAAAGCGGAAGAGCUGGGACUGAAGAUCCUUGCCAAGUAUGUCACAACGUCGGUGGCUGGGGUUGCCCCACGCAUCAUGGGCAUCGGCCCUUCGCUCGCUAUCCCCAUGGUGUUGGAGCAGGUCGGCAUCACUAUUGACGAUGUUGACCUCUUCGAGAUCAACGAAGCGUUCGCAUCGAUGUAUGUUUAUUGCGUGCGCAAGCUCGGCCUGGACAUCGGCAAGGUGAACGUUAAUGGAGGCGCGAUUGCGCUGGGACACCCGCUAGAUAACUCCACCACAGCUGCCUGUCUGUCCUUAACUUUUGCCUUCAUCGCGGGGUCCUCCACCGCCAUGGCUAGCUAUGCCAACGUAAACUCUAAUGCUCCCUCUCCCUACGGUUCGGGCGAUCCUUACUACAAUGAAUCCUCUGGAUUCAUCACACCCCAGCCCAAAUCUAAGAGGAGUCUAAGCAACUGGAUCAAAUUUGGUGUCCCUGUCCUCAUCGCUGUCAUUGUUGCCGCCGUUCUCGGUGGUGUCCUGGGUAGUCGAGCCCACCACAAUUCCUCGAAAUCAUCCGCCGCCGCCGCAUCAUCCGCUUCCCCCAGCGGUGCGGCCGCCGCGAGCCAGGCUGCCAGCAUUCAGGCAGCUAUCGGCGUAUUCCCAACCGCAACCGCCAGCCUGUACAUGCUCCCCGUUUACCCUUCUACUACGAAUACAGCGGCUUUUACUACACCUACGUUCAAUUCUGCUGCCGGCAGUAACGUCGGCUGGCCUUCAGAUCCUUUUCAACCUGCUAGUCCCGCCCCAACGAGCCUUCGUCCUGAUCGUCCACGUAUUAUCGCCCCUUCCUACAAGUGGGAAGUCCUUCCGAGUCUCAUAUCCAACAACCCAUACUUGAAGUAUUGGAACGACUCUAUUUUCAGCAACGCCACGGACUAUUAUAACCAGCCAGUGGUACCAUAUUACCUUGAUAGUGGCAACGGUAUACUCGAUGUUGCCCGUCAAAUCAAAAUGAGGAUUAAGGCGUUUUCCUACGCCUAUCGUAUGACCAACGAUACCAAGUGGGCCGACAGGGCGUUCAAGGAGCUCCAGAAUGCUGCAGGCAACGGUACCAACAGUUUCGGUCCCAGCGAUGAUACGCGCUGGAACCCCAUCCACUUCCUCGAUACCGCCGAGUUGAUGAACGCAUUCGGCAUCGCAUACGACUGGAUGUACGACGUGUGGACCGACCAGCAGAAAGGCCAGAUUCUGUGGACUUUGCUCACGUACGGACUUCAGCCCGCUCUCGCCGGGUGGAACAACGCAAACAACGCGUACUGGGAAUGGUGGUCUAGCAACACUCAGGGUAAUUGGAACUGUGUUUGCAACGGCGGUAUCACUCUCGCUUCGCUCGCCGUCCUGGGUGAUGAUCCCACAAACACCGCCCAAACCCUCCUUGGUCUGACCAUCCCCAACGCCCUGGCGAAUUGCGCGGAAGGAGUUACCUCGGAUGGAACAUGGCAGGAGACGCCUAAUUAUUGGUACUUUGGUGUAACUGGCCAUGCCGAGAUGGCGUCGGCCCUCAUGACCGCCGCGGGCUCCGACUUCGGGUUGCUGACGACGAACCCUGGAUUCGCGUUGACAGGACUGUUCCACAUGUACGCGACGGGUCCGGCUUCCACGUUUAGCUGGGGCGACAAUGGCGUCAACCUGUACUCAACUACCGCCAACCCCCUCCUGUUCUACGGAGACGUUUACCAGCACCCCGAGUAUGUCCUGUUCCAGCGCGACCAGUUCCAAACGCACAGCGAUCCAUGGAGCAUGUUCUGGUAUACCCCGACAGUCUCGGGCGCCUUCUGGGACGAUCUGCCGUUGGACCACUUCUUCGACAACCAUACCGAUCAGUGGGGUUCGAUGAGGAGCAGUUGGACAGAUGAGGAUGCGUUGUACGUUGGUAUCAAGGCCGGCACGCUCCAGGGUCACCAGACACACAAUGACCUUGACUGCGGUACCUUCGUUCUGGAUGCACUCGGCACGCGGUGGUUUGGAGAACUUGGUGACUCCAACUACCUUGCGGAGGGUUACUUCAGCAACGAUACUCAGAGCAGUGAGCGGUGGUGGUACUACCGCAAGCGCACGGAGGGCCAGAACACCAUCCUCGUUGACCAGCAGAACCAGCUCGUCACUGCUGCGCCAACGAUUAACUACGAUUCUUCGGGAACCGUACAAGGCUCUAGCACCGUGUUCGAUGUUCCGAGCAACUCAACGGCGUUCUUCACGGCGAACCUCGCGAGUGCCUACAACGAGGUUUCAUCCUUCCAGCGUGGCAUCCGCAUGAUCAACGGCAGGAAGCAGGUCCUCCUUCAGGACGAUAUCAGUGCGACCGGGUCCAUCAUGUGGCGAGGGCAUACCAAUGCGACGAAUAUCAAUAUCGAUUCGAAUGGAACGAGCGCGACGUUGCAGAUCGGCAAUGAGAAAUUGCUCAUGCAGAUCAUCAGCCCAACGAGCGGCGCUACCAUCUCGACUGCUCAGCCGGUUCGCUUCUCGAGCGACCCUCCUCUUCCGGCUGGUGCAGAAAACCAGGAUCUGCCCAACACUGGAGUGACCGUGGUAGAGAUCAACUUGAACGCGGGAACGUACAGUUUGCAGGUGCUGUUCAGCCCACAAUGGGACGGCAUGUCUUCAAGCGCAUAUGUUACGCCCCCCAGUGUGCCCAUCUCUUCGUGGUCAUUGACGAGCCACAACUGA